CGGACCAUUCAGCCCACCUUCGCAUGACCCCACCACCCUCCUCAAAUGCCUGCUGGAUACGGCGAAACUUUGUCUGCAGCGCGUUAUUUCUUCUCCCGGAUCACACGAGUGGCCUCUACAAAGAGCUAGGAGUGCCUUGAAUCGGGGCGGUAUAUCGGUGGUAUUUCGGUUGGAGGGGGGAAGCGGGACGAGAGGAGGAUGGAUUGCUUCGGAUUGGGAGCGUCUAUCUGCUCCGGCAAGUCUGCAGUGCGAUUAUGGGGAUUUCAGCCUCUUGAUCGCGAUACAAAGAUCAUGCUGCCCUCCACCGCCUUGUCCUUCGACUGCGCGCAUGCAGAUUUUCGACGGAACGGGAUGAAUAUUUGCUUUGAUACUCUGGGCUCAUGCCAUCCGGCUUGCUACUACCUUUGCGAGAGGGAGAAGAUGCGCGUCUCGGCAGCGGCAGAUGAAGCAUUGUUUCGCGCUGAUUAGAUGCUGUGGGCGCAUAUCGAUAUUAUACCUUUGUAGUCUACUCUGUACACAAUUUCAAUACACUAUGUUCCUCCCAUCACUCCGUCGAGUGCGUCGACUCGCACUGAAUGCUCGAGUAAGACACGGAAAGCCCCGCGAAUAGCACACAUCGCGAAGAGUUCCAGUCCAGCUCCGUG